GCUGCGCUCGCCGCUGCUGUCUGCCCGGACCCCCGGCCCUGUCCCCGCCUCAGCCCCAUACAUGAUGCCAGCCGUCCCCAACCUGCUGGACAAUGUGACCAUGCACAGAAGUUCCCCUCAGACAAUGAGGAGAGACAUUGGCCUGGCCGUAACACACAGGUUUUCAACCAAGUCUUGGCUCUCCCAGACGUGCCAAGUGUGUCAGAAGAAUAUGAUGUUUGGUGUCAAGUGCAAGCACUGCAAGUUAAAGUGCCACAACAAAUGCACCAAAGAGGCUCCCUCUUGUCGGAUAUCAUUUCUCACAUUGCCAAGGAUGCGCAGGGCAGAAUCGGUGCCAUCAGAUAUCAAUAAUCGCAUCGAUCUCAUAGCGGAGAUCCCACUGCAGUGGGGCACUUUACCAAAGGCAUUAACCAAAAGGGAGCCAGCCCCCAAUAUAAACCAGGUGGAUUCAAGCAGUAACCCCUCGUCAGCCACCUCCUCCACACCUUCCUCCCCAGCACAUUUACAGCAGAGUAACCCCCCGAGUGUCAGCACCACCCCUCCAGCCAACGCCUCACCGAGGGGCUCCUGUGACAACCGCUUCAACUUCCCAGAUGUUCCUGCUUCCACACAUACAGCUGUUUCCGGCAGCUGCCAUGAGUCUGGAGUGACUCAGGGGGGCGUCACUGAGACACAGCGACCAGCUACAGAACAGGAAAGGGAGGAGGAGGCUGAGGAUGAGGAAGAAGCUGACCGGUGCAGCAGUAAUAACAACUAUCCCAAUGAGGAGGGGGAUGAGGACGGACUCGAGGACCUGCCGUCUGCCAUAUGUCGUCGGACCGCUGGCCGUCGGAGGGGCGGAUUCUCUCGUAAUAUCAGCCAGAACAGCAUCUACCUGCAGGAGUGGGACAUCCCAUAUGAGCAGCUGCAGCUGGGAGAGCUUAUUGGGAAGGGUCGCUGGGGGAAGGUGCACAAGGGUCGCUGGCACGGUGAGGUGGCCAUUCGCCUCCUGGAGGUUGACGGAAACAACCAGGAUCACCUGAAGCUCUUCAAGAAAGAGGUGAUGAACUACAGGCAGACCCGGCACGAGAAUGUGGUCCUGUUCAUGGGCGCCUGCAUGGCUCCGCCCCAUCUCGCCAUCAUCACCAGUUUCUGUAAAGGUUUCACUCUUUACUCUGUUGUGAGGGAAAGAGGUCACAUGCUGGACAUCAAUAAAACCAGACAGAUUGCACAGGAGAUCGUGAAGGGGAUGGGUUAUCUUCAUGCUAAAGGCAUCAUCCACAAGGACCUGAAGUCUAAGAAUGUCUUCUACGACACCAACAAGGUUGUCAUCACAGACUUCGGCCUGUUCGGGAUGUCUGGCGUGGUACAGGAAGGCAGAAGGAAGAACGUGUUGAGGAUACCCCGGGGCUGGAUCUACUACCUGGCUCCAGAGAUUGUUCGGCAGAUGAGCCCAGAGGUGGAGGAGGACCAGCUGCCUUUCUCCAAAGCUGCAGAUGUUUAUGCAUUUGGCACAAUCUGGUACGAGCUGCAGGCCGGAGACUGGCCAAUCACCAACCAACCUGUGGAGGCUAAAAUCUGGCUGGUGGGCAGCAAUGAGGGCAUGAAGAAGGUGCUGGCAGAAGCCAACCUGGGCAAGGAGGUCACGGAGAUCCUGUCCGCCUGCUGGUCCCCUGAGGCAGAAGACAGGCCCACCUUCACCUUGCUGACAGACAUGCUGGAGAAACUCCCCAAACUGAACCGCAGACUGUCUCACCCCGGACACUUCUGGAAGACAAAUGAGUAUGAAUCAUAGAAAGAAUGUGUAUUCCUGAUCCAGGGUUUACCUGCCUAUAACACUGAAGGCACCCACAUUGAAAAUGGGAGUCUACAUCAUUUUGUUUAGUAAUACAUCUAUUAUUAAAAUCCAGAUUUUCCUGUCAUGAACGCUUAAAAACGAAAGCAUGAAGACAGAGGUGGGUUCUGGUAAAAGUACCAAUACGUGACAAAUCAAAUGGAAAUGUUGUAAAUAAGAUUUUGUAAAGAAAUGUGAAUAUUAUGAAGCUAUCCUGCUGAGUAUCAAGUACUAUAAAAGAUCGUCUCUAAUCUGACUGCUGUUUUGUAUUUUGGGGAAAUUGUCAUAUUUUUUAUAUCCCAGGUGGCAUUUUAGUUGCUGCUCUCUACAUGUCCUUUCUCUAUUUUUUAACAGACACUGUACUUGUGUUUCUCACAGUCACGAAGUAGCUCUCUUUCUUAUGUUUCUGAGAAUCACUUCUCCUUAUUUCUCCCCUCUUUCAUUUCCUCUUGGGGGCCGACUCAUCCACCUGCCUGCUCCUGCUGUGCCUGAUCUCCGCGGUCUCACUUGGAACCUGCUUUUCCUUCUCCGUCUACGCCUGUCUGUCUAUUCGCUCGCUUGUUUUCCAACACUCCUGAUUUCUGUCUCUUCACUCCGUUCAUCUCCUGGUGAAGGUCGUGGGAUCGUCAUCACUGUCUGAGAGAUCACUGCCAUCAGGGCCUGCAUGCACACUGUCCA